GGCGCACUGCGCACACGGGCGCAGAGUAGUAACAGCCCAGAGACCACUCAAAGCUAGCACCAGCCCAGGCCUCGUCCUUGACUUUUCCGGGUUGAAAGUUCGCUGUGCUUCGUGUCCGUCUAUCAAUCCCCACUCCGCAAAUCGGUCAUGAUUGCCACGCUCAUGGAGCAGCAGAGAAGUGUAACGGCGUCCUCGCAGAGCCCUAGAUCUCCGUCUUCGCAACCUUACCUAUCGGUCUCGGUGACUGAUCCUGUGAAAUUGGGCAAUGGCGUCCAAGCCUACGUCUCCUACCGAGUCAUCACCAGGACAAAUUUACCUGAAUACCAAGGCCCAGAGAAGAUUGUUAUUCGACGUUACAGUGAUUUUAUUUGGUUACGUGAUCGUCUUUUUGAGAAGUUCAAAGGCAUUUUUAUCCCUCCUCUUCCCGAGAAAAGUGCUGUAGAGAAGUUUCGUUUCAGUGCUGAAUUCAUCGAGAUGAGGCGUCAAGCGUUGGAUAUGUUUGUUAAUCGUGUAGCUUCACAUCAUGAGCUUCAGCAAAGUGAGGAUCUGAGAACCUUCUUGCAGGCAGAUGAAGAGACAAUGGAGAGGUUAAGGGCACAAGAGACUGGUAUUUUUAAGAAGAAGCCCGCUGAUUUGAUGCAGAUCUUCAAGGAUGUACAAUCUAAAGUGAGUGACGUUGUUCUAGGGAAGGAAAAGCCUGUGGAGGAGUCGAAUCCUGAAUAUGAGAAGCUAAAGCACUACAUCUUUGAGCUUGAGAACCACUUGGCUGAAGCUCAGAAGCAUGCAUAUCGUCUUGUAAAGAGGCACAGAGAGUUGGGGCAAUCUCUGUCAGAUUUUGGGAAGGCUGUCAAGCUUCUUGGUGCUUGUGAAGGAAAUUCUCUAGGGAAGGCAUUUACUGAGCUCGGGGCAAAAGCAGAGACAUUGUCAGUUAAGCUGCAAAAAGAGGCGCACCAACUCUUGAUGAACUUUGAAGAACCCCUGAAAGAUUACGUGCGUGCUGUGCAAUCAAUUAAGGCGACUAUAGCAGAGAGGGCCAAUGCCUUUAGGCGGCACUGUGAACUGGCUGAAACAAUAAAGUUGAAAGAGAUUAAUCUUAACAAGCUCUCACUAAUACGCUCAGAUAGGGUGGGAGAAGCUGAGAUGGAAUAUAAUGAGUUGAAGGAAGAGAGCGACGAAGCAACACAAACAUUUGAGACGAUUGUGCGAUUGAUGAACGAAGAGAUAGUGUGUUUUCAGGAACAAAAAACUUUAGAUAUGGGGGUUGCUUUCCAUGAAUUCGCGAAAGGACAGGCGCGUCUCGCAAAUGGUAUAGCAGAUGCUUGGAGAAGUCUUCUUCCUAAGCUCGAAUCCUGUUCCUCAUCUUAAUGAAAGAAUUCCAAAAGCAGAGCAAAAUCAAUCAUCCCAAGGUGCUUCUUAGGAAACAGAACAAAAAUACUUGUCAAGUGCGGUGGUUUUUAGGAGUGGCAGGGACAACUCAAUACACUACAAAUUUCAGAUUUCAAGAGUUGAUUCUGCUGUUUUGGUGUUGUACGAGAUUGUGUUGAUUCUCCAUUUUAUUACCUGUACAAAUCCAAAGCUACGUAGAAGAGCAGGUUAAUCUUGUGAAAGCAUCAAUUACAGAGAAAAAACUAGAUAAAUUAUCGUGUUUAUCUCACACUGCCGGAGCCUUUUUUGUCCAUAUGUUGAAUACACUCUCUUUUUGUCUCUGACUUCUAUUCAAAUUGUUUCUUUAUUAAUGAUAAUUGUUUGAAGCGUA